AUGUCCUUUGAUGGUAAUGCUCCAGGUGAGGACGCCGCUCCCCGGGAGGGUGAGCUCCCGUUGACCACAACCGCACUAAGGCUACAUGACCAUAGGCUCUUUCAGAAGGGUGCAGUUUCCGAGGCCGGUGUCACCACCGGUGCCUCGAGCCGUCAGACUGCGUCCGCGCCUUGGCAGGUUGUGUCCCCUAGUGCUAGACAACCACCGGCCAGCCUUCCGAUAGCAGCCGGAGGAAGCUCAUCCCAAGAUAUUAGUCCGUCAGCCCAGAGUCUUUUCCAACCGACCUCCUCGACUAUGAACAGUUUGACAAUCGGCGAUCAGCGAAUCCUGCAGAAUCAAGCAAACAUUAGCAAUGUGUUUGUUCAGAACGACAGGUCGCCGUUACUCGAGCAAAUAGCUGAACAUCGCCACAAUCAGAUCAUUGGUCAGAUCGCAAACAAUUUUCAGGAGCAACUCCAAGCAAUGGGUAUGAAUGUCAUGUCGGGAGUGUCACAACUCAGAGUUGAACUUGCUCAGGCCGAAACCAGAUUAGGUAGUGAGGAGACACAGGCCAGACAGAGAUUGGCAACAGGUCAGUCGCAGCUUGACUCGCAGGCCAAUGAGAUCAACGUGGCACGAGGUGAAGCUCAAGCUUUGGCCCAAAGACUAAGCGCUGCUGAGAGCCACGCUGACGCUACCUACGCUAGGUUGCGUGAUCAACUUCACCAAGCGGAAGCUAAGGCCGUCAGCAACGCGGAUCUCCUCAAUGCUGAAAUGGACAGUGCCCGUGUCGCCGCUGCUCAGGCAACACAUGCAGUUCAGGCGACAUCUGAGGUUGAGAUUUCACGCUUGACUGCUGAAGUUAGGGAUUUCAGGGUGAUGAUGAGUCACGAGUCAGAGAAGAGAAAGAUGGCUGAAAAGGAGAAUGCUGAACUGAAAUCGCAGCUAAACCAGGCCAUCGCGGCUCUGCAGGCUCAUGCAAGCGCAACGGGGUCCGCCCCAUCUGCGCCACCGGGUCUGAUCCCUACCUAUCCCAUCAAUACUCCGCCUCAGGACGCCAAAGGGUCAAGGCCCCGACGCCACCCUGACGGGGGAGGCCCUGAUGGAGAUGAUGACGGCAGCGAUGAUGAUGACUCGAGCAGCAGUCAUAAGAAGAAAAAGAGCAAGAAGAAAGACAAGAAAAACAAGAAGAGGGAUUCCAGUUCCUCUUCUGAUCUCUCGCCCAAGCAGCUCAAGGCAAUCAUCAAGCAACUUGCCAAAGGAAAGACUAACGAGAAGGAGGAAGUUGAUGAGGAUGUAAACAAGACCAAAUCCAAGGAGGCCGAGAAGAUCCUGUUCCCCAAGUUCCCGACACCUGAACAGUACAGGAACUGGCGAAUUAGGGUUCGUGAAGCUGUAGUUGCAGCGUCCAAUAAGCCGGAUGAAGCUUUUGAAUGGCUUUCGAAGGUAUGGGACAAGGACUCUAAGGAAGAAGAGUUAAGGGACACAGGUGGCUUCUCUACUCUCGAUGCCAAGGUCUUGUCGGCAGUGACAAAUGUCCUUGAAGGUGACUUCGCGCGCCAAAUGGACACCCUCAAGGAGAGGGAGGCUCACGCCGGGAGGCUAGUGAGGGGUAGACAAAUCCUGUUUCUCCUUCAUCAGCACUUUGCUACAAACAUCCUACACAAUUCCGUGUAUGACAUGGAAGACCUCCUUUCAGUGACAUUGGUAAACGAAAACCUUGUGAUGUUCGUUAGGAACUGGGAUACGGUGCUUUCAGGCAUUCAGACCACCCCUGAAGACAAGGUUCUCGAACCGCUCUUUCAUAGGCAGGUAAAGAAAUGCAAAGCACUUCAGCACGAUAUUGCCAUCUAUGAAAGGGCUGCCGAAGGCUCCAGUGAAAGAUCGUUUAAAUUUCUCUACGACGCCGCCAAUAGCCACUUGAAUCGAAAAAGGCUCGAGAGGAACCGGGAGCGGAUUGCCAGGCAAACUGGAGCUCCUGCUGUUCCUACUGCGCCUGCACCCAAGAAAGUACCCAAAGGGUUUUGCAUCUCUUUUGUCAAGAACGGCAGUUGCAAGAAUGGUGGCAGUUGUAAAUACAAGCACCAGACGCCCAGCGGACGUGGCAGAUCGCAGUCACCCGGCGGAGGCCGAGGGAGAAGUCCUUCAAGACCCAACUCCCCGUCAGGAAAGCCUCGAGUGUGCAAGUUCUACAAACAAGGUCGUUGCGACCGUGGAGAGAAUUGCAAAUUCAUGCACACCGGAAAGCCAGGUGCCGCUGCUACACCCGACGGAAGUCAGAAGGGAUCUGCGCGCCCUGACAAGGGCAAGGACAAGAAGAAGAAGAAGGAACGCAAGGGCUCCAGGGCUAGCUCCAAGGGUUCUAAGGGAAGCAAGGGUUCGAAAGGAUCACAUGGCUCCGGGAACUCGAAGGGCUCAGCUCGAAGGAGGAGUGGCGGACCUUCUCUCCCUGCAGCAGUUUGCCUUCUAGGAGCAAUGAUGGCCGGCACGGCUUCCCAAGCCGACGCUUUUACUCUCCGGAAGGAUGAGUCGUACUGGCCCCCUCAGUGUUCCACUGACAUGCGUUUGGCGCUACCAGCAGUGUCUUUUGACAACAGCCCAAUGUACAUCAACUUCCCACUCAGAGAUGGAGAGCUUAAGUUCCCUGUUGAGAAUCCUCAGCGCAGGUAUGACAAGAAGUGGUCUGUUGACUACAUUCCCAAGCCAGACAAUCAAUCCACCAGAGAUGCACUUAUGGCCGCUCGCAUGUUGAGAGCUACGGUCAAAGACAGUCUGGAGGUUCAACUAUCAUCAGAAUCGCCACCCAUCGAAUGGAUUGGUGACACAGGGAGUGCUCAGGAUCUCAUCUCAGAGCGGGAGCUUGUGAAUCUGCAUCCGUACGAAUCGGACUGCCCAAUCAACAUUUGCACUGCGAAUGGACCGAGUUACGCAGGUGACAAGGUUUUCCUUGAUGUGAAGGAUAACGUUCCGUACUUGAAGUCUUGGAAGGAGGGUAUCGCUUGUCCUGCCCAUUCAAGACACGAGUCCACUCGGAUCGAUACGGAUGAUGCUGUUGAGACCAUCACCAACCCUGAACAGAUUGCCGCGCAACUUAUCCAGGAGCAGGAUUUCUCCCAUCAGGCAUGCUUGCGAUUGCUGAAGGUGAUUAAGUACCUUCUGUCCUAUCUUAAACAUCAUGGAGCGGAUGGCCCAAUAACAUCGAUUGCUGUCAAUCAGAACUCAGGCGUUAAAAUGCACAAGGAUGUCAACAAUCACCGUGAACACCUCAACUACACCAUUGCAGUCGGCGAUUUCACCGGAGGCGAAUUGUGGAUUCACGAUGACACCAUCCGGAAGGAUGAGCCAGGUUGCAUCAACAAGAUCGCCCCCACUGGUGCCAAACUGGGAGGUCGUUUGCACAGGUCGAAGUCGAAGAUCAUUUCCUUCGAUCCAAAGACUUUCCAUUGCGUCACUCCCUGGAAGGGCGAGCGUUGGAGCAUCACGGGAUACGUCAAUCGCGCUGUGCACAGGCUGGAUUCGCAUCAGCUAGAGAAGCUUAAGUCACUGGGGUUCUUGCUGCCGAAACAGAAGAACUUCCCUCCAGCAGUGCCUGCGGAAAUCGAUGAGGAGAUGACUCUUUACGAGUUAGCUACUAUGGAUCCUCCAGCUCCGGCCCCAGUGAGCCGAGCGUCCUCCCUCCUCCUCCGGAAGGAGAGAGGCAUGCUCCAGAUGGGGAUCCUGGUGAGGGUAGUGGUGGGGAAGGCAAGAGGUCGAGGUACGAACGUGUGCAACAAGGUCUCGCUGCCGAUGCCCUCGAGCGACCAGCGACGGAGUAAGGACAUCAUAGCCGAUUGUGAUGAAUGGCGUCAUGUACGCAAGCGCAACAAGAAGCUCAGCUUCAAAUGGGUUGGUCGUACUGAGUUCGACAUCCUUACCAAACCCCACACUUCGGAAGAAGCUGUUAAAGAUUUCCCAUGUAUGCCUACGGUUCCCAUGUCCAAUCAUCAACAUAGGGACAAGAUCCCUGUUUCCCGCGCUCUUACUGCCGAGCAAGUUCAGGAAGCUAUGGCUAUGGUUGCCAGGCCAGUAGGAAGAAAAGAGCUGUUAGCUGAUCCUCAGGCCCAAGCUUCUCUUGACGUUGAAUGGGAAAAGUUGAUGAAGAAGAAAGCCUGGGACAUGUCAUCUGUUCGUGAAUGGGAAGAAGUCUCUAAAGAGGCAGCCAAAAGAGGAAAGAAGGCCCACGUUGGCAAAAUCUUUGAAAUCUGCGUGGAAAAGGGCAGUGAGCUUCCUAAAGGGAAUCCCUUACGGAAGUUCAAGGGUAGGACCGUCUUUCAGGGCAACAAUGUGAAGGACGAGAACAAUGACACCGCUCUCUUUAGUGAGCUGGGCUCUAGUCCCGCCACCAUGGAAGCGGGUAAGGUUCUCGACGCCUAUGGCCAUGCCCCCGGCCACGAUGUGGAACAGGGGGAUGGUAAACAGGCGUACACGCAAACGACUCUGAAAGGCGCUGACACUUGGGUCAGGCUCCCACGUGAGCGUUGGCCUAAGGAGUGGGUCGGCAAGUUUAGGGACCCCGUCGUCCGCCUCAGAUUGGCUCUUUACGGGCACCCAGACAGCGGGGGCUUCUGGGAGCAACAUUGCGAAAAGCGCUUGCGGGAGGUUGGUUUUGAGCUCGUGUUUCCCGCUGCAUGGCCAUCUGUCUUUUAUCAUCCCACAUUGAAGCUUUUAUUAGCCGUGUAUGUAGAUGAUUUCAAGAUGGCCGGGCCAAAAGAGAACAAUCCAGAAGUGGAGAGCCUAAUCUACUCAAUGAAGUGGGGGUAUCACCUCGACCAGCUCAUCGAUGAGGCGCUCAAGCACCUUAACGAGGCGAGGGAUCACCACCCGGAAGGGGCGGCUACCCACAUCAUUUUUGGAUGGUCAGGAAACGAUGUAUGGGGCCAACACGGCUAUCAUGGCUACACUUGGCAUCUUCAGAGCAAGUUCACAAAGCGAACAGCCGAGGAGCUCGAGCAGAUUGACACUUGGCCUGCAAAGCAGAAGCUUCGUGUUGAUCGGGCGUGUGAGAGAGCGUGCAAGCUCCUCCACCGGACUGACGUCUCGGGUGUGUCUUUCUUGAUGGGCAGCCAUCACUCCUGUUUCUUCCCGGUCGGGGAGCUCUAUGACAGGUGCAUGAAGAAUCACGCCCGAGAUCUGAUGAGCGGAGGAUGCACCAUCAUUGACCCUGUGGAGCUCUAUGAGCAGACCAGCAGGCCUGAUGGCUUCCACGCUGACGCGUCGGAUCAAAAUCUGCAGAGCACCCUUAGGUGGCACGCGGCGAUGCUCCGCGGCAUACUCACAGAUUACCGCCUUCUCGCUGUUGAGCAGCAACUCAUCGCAAAUCAAAGAGAAGCCGUUUUUCAUGCACACUUUGUGUUGAACAAGCCCGAACCGUUCCUCACCGUGCCCCCUGCGUCCGGUAGAAUCCUUUCCAAGAUUGUCGAUUCACCGGACCCACCUCUGGCGAGGGAGGCAGAAGAGGAGAUUGUGUUGGCCGGUCCACUCCUGGCGGAGGCGGAGUACGAAGUUGUCGACGACGACUCGGCUCAGAGCUGCAAUCCGCAGCCCAUCACUGAGUUAGACUUUGCCAGGAAUGACACCAGGCCUGGCGCAGGUUGCGUCCUCGCGAUUGAAGACAGCGACCCGAUCAACGUGGUUGCUGAGGAACACCUCGUCAUGGCCAACCAAGCGGCAGAGGGCAUCACGCAGGAAGAACUCACCGCGGUCGCGGCUGAAGAGGAAAUUACCCUCCUCAGUCAAUUCGUGGAGCAGGAUGAUGAUCCAUAUGAGAAUGCCGACACCUACUCCUUGAAGAGAGCUGAAGUGGUCGCGCCUCCUUCUCCCGUGGUCGUCAUCAGUGACCCCGACGCCCCUCAGCCGAGCGAGGCCGUUUCUCAGGCACCCCUUGUCCCCAAGGCAAAGCCGAGGCCUCCCACGCUGCCGCGUUGGGUUACUGCCGAUCAGCUCCCCGAUCUGCCGGAUGAUUACCGUUUCCUCACGGAGAACGCCCGGGUCUGCUUGUCGAAGAAGAUGUCCUUCCUUGCCCGGGGAUUCGCCAAUCGGCGAGCGCCAGAAAUGGCGGUCCACAUCUCAGCCAGGGACAAUUCUAUUGAAUGGUCCGAAUUUUUCGAGAAGUUGGGAAUGAUGUGGAGAGGCCUCCGUGUGGAGCACGUGGUGGACGUCCUCAAAUCCACUCACGACAAAGUGCGGUUCGAAGUCAAGGUUGUCAUUAAACCCGACAGGGAGGUCCAGCUGCGUGCCUUUAGAGCGAUUCAGGGGCACGACGGCAUACUCCUCUCGGAAGAGACGGACGUGAUGGCACUGAACACCCACUCGCUCAACUUCCAUGAGUACCGGCACUACAUCACUGACAUGACAAGGCCGUACCAAAUCGCCCAUGAAGAGAACCUCACGGUUGAAGAUGAGAUCAUCAGGCUCGAGGACCUCAAGUUCGCCGACAACGCACCGCGGCCCGAGCCACUGGCGGAAGCCAAGUGGGGUUCCACGCUCAAGGUGUGGUUCUCCGCAAAGGGCAUCCGAGUGGAUCGAAAGCACCGCUCCGAGCUCGACCAUUUCAUCGUCCAGGAGCUUGUUUCCUUUCCCUGGUUUUACUGCACCAGUUGCCGUAAACAUUACAUCGAUGGAAUGAUUGAGUGCCAGUUCUGCGGCUCCAGAAUCGCAGCUGAGAGUGACAUGGCACAUGUUGCCGAACCCAGCAAACGACGCCUGGAGUCCUCCCGGAAGGGACGGAACAUCGACAUCAUGUCGAUCGCCCCCCGGCCGGGGUUGGCAAUGAACCGGCACCGUGCAGAGCGAGGAACGCGCGAAGCACAAGAUCAAAGUCUCCCUGCAGCAGUACGCAGCAAAUGCGUGAGCAUGAGAAAAUCGGCAAUGAAGAGGGGAGGCCAGUCGAUCGCUGACGCUCUCACCAAUCCCCUCGACGCCUACAAUUUUGCGUCCCGUGGUAUGGGUAUCACUUCAUUGGCCCAGCUGGACAUGUUCGCCCAUUUGCACAAUCCAGCACCCGGGGCUGAUGCCAACGAGAGGAGAGCAUUCGCUGGCACUCACCGGGCUGACGCCAGAGUCUCAAUCGCCUAUCGUCCGGGAGACGACCGAGUCUCAUUGGAUGAAGCUUUCUUUGUGGCCUUUCAGUCAAGGCUCUAUCUCAUUGAUGAGAUAUCCAUGAUCAUCUAUGCCACCCAGCAGUCCCCGGAAGGGCGACAGAGACCCUUCACGAUUCUCUCUUACGAUGGUGACUUGUUCACACCAAGGGUAGGCACCGUCUCAGAAGUGAUGGCGGAGGUCAGUCGUUUCUUCCAGGAUCAACUUCCCCUGAGCGGAAGCCGUCAGGAUCCUGCACCACGCCACGUGGACUUGGCUCGAUCUCUCCGCAUCCCUGACGGGUUUGCUUGCCUCGGUCAGACCCAAUUGAAUGAGCUGCUCCGCGAUACCAGGUUUUACCAGCGGUAUCUGCACUCCAACCGUGUCGAGCCGGAGUGGAUUCGUCCCACGAGAGCGUCCUCACUCGGAAUGAUGCGACCUCCUCCUCCUCCCACAGCUGAUCGCAGAAGCUCAGCGCCGGCCCGUCGCCCAGCGGAAGCUGAAGGCUACCGCCCACCGACAGCAAAGUACGGGCCUUCUAUGGGAGCGAGGGAGCGCACGCCGUCAAGGGCUACAUCGAGGGGCAGAUCUCCAGGUCUCAGCUCAGCAAUGCCUGCGAGGCCACCGCCACAGCGCAGGGCUUCGACCCCGCGGCCUCCGCCAGUGCGACGCCCGGGUUCCCCUGGAGAGGUGCGCACAUCCCGCAGACGCGUGGAUCCCACUGGACCAAGCAUGACGGAAGGAGAAUGGUUGGCCGAGAGGCGCAGCCGAGUCGAUGUCGAGAUUGGGAAAAGGCUCAGCAUUCUUCAGGAACUCUUUGCUGACCUUCCAGAGCACUACCCUUUCGACCAUGAUGGUGAUCUCAUCGACCCGACGCGGACGCGCUCGAGCACCUGGACCCUUCUUGACGGGUACUACUGGGCCAUGCUCAAGGCCCGGGAUGCGCACUGGGUGUCGGAAGAAGAGGUGGUGAACGCCCUUCCUGCUUGGGGAAACCCAGGGGGGAUCGUCGUCUACGACUACGACCACGUGUUGUGGUAUCUCAGAGGAUGGAAACACCACGUCACGAAUCCACACACUGGUGUGCAAGAGAGGCGGUACUAA